AUGGUAUCCUCCAAAUUCUUCGCCUUUUCAAUACUCUUGCUAUCCACAACAGUGGUUAACGUAACCGAAGCCCAAGAGCCUCUUCCAAAAACCAUGGUUUUGUAUCUCCAAGAAACACUAAAAGGACCCAACGCAACCAUUUCUCCGAUCAUUGGCCUCACCGGAAAAGACUGGUCCUUCCACCAAUUCGGAACCAUAUUUGCAGUGGACGACGCUGUCAUGCUGAGCCCAAACCAAUUCUCCUCUGUAGUGGGCCGGGCCCAAGGCCUGCUUGUAGUAUCGGCCCAGGAUGGGGCCAAUGUGUUUGUUUCACUUUCAAUUGUGUUUACGAACUUGCAGUACAGUGGUAGCAGUAUAGAGAUCCAAGGCGUUAGUCGUCAAUCUGAGAAAUACAGAGAAGUCUCUAUUGUCUCUGGAACUGGCAAAUUUCGAUUUGUAAAGGGCUAUGCUGCAUUUCAGACCAUAUUCUAUGAUGUCCAAACUUCACAUUCCACCCUCUCUUUCACUCUAACUUUCCAAUGA